UGGAGGCCCCACCCUUUGUGUUACCUACCGCCCGUCAAUCAAAAUAGAAAAAAAUUCUGACAGUUAUCACCUAUUUCUACGCGUAUACAAUCAAUUUAAUUUGCUGAUCAUGUCCGGUGGCUUGUGACUAUCGCGACUCUCCGUUUCACGACAAGUCACGUAAUGACUGCACCAGAACAGCCGUUGAAACCAGAAGAUAUGGCUGCCUUGGAAGUGGACAGCAGUCAGAGCGACUUUCUGCAGCAGGAGCAAGACAGGAGCAAUCAGGACACUCAGCCGUCACCCCUCGACCUGCUAGCAACCACCUGCACUAAGGUUGGGUCACCGUUGGCAGAGGUGGACAGAGGUGCUGCUGCUGCUGGUGUGACUUCAGAUCCAUCCGUGCAGCUUACUGGGACUGAUAAAUGGGAGGUGUUAACCCCCACAACAGCAGCAAAGGAUGAAUCUGGAAUGAUACAGAUCCAAAGUCAAGGAAUAUUAACAUCCAACGGGCAGUAUGUUCUUCCUAUCCAGAACUUACAGAGUCAGCCAAUCUUUGUGACGUCGGGAACGGACGCCUCCUCUGCCAAUUCAGUGCCUAACAUUCAGUACCAAGUAAUUCCUCAGAUUCAGACAGCAGAUGGACAGCUGAGCUUCUCCACUUCCGGCGUGGAAGGAGCGACUCUGACUCAGGAUGCCACAGGGCAGAUUCAAAUCUUGCCUGACGGUAGCCAGAGUCUCAGUGUAACAUCAGCUGCAAACAUCCUUAAUAACAACCAGAACCUCAUAUCACAGACUGGUAAUGUCCAGCAGCUCCAGGGGGUUUCUCUUGGCAGCUCCACCUUCAACAACCAGGGUCAGGUUGUUACUAAUGUGCCUGUGGGUUUGCCUGGGAACAUUACUUUUGUUCCUAUUAACAGUGUGGACUUGGACUCCCUUGGCCUCUCUGGUGCUCAGACUAUAGCAACAGGGGUCACUGCUGAUGGCCAGCUAAUUAUGACGAGUCAGCCCGUAGAUGGCUCAGAGAGUCUGGCGAAGACAGAUAAUCACCUCUCACAGACACUACCCAUAAAUGACUCAAAUGCAAAUCAUGAGAUAUAUGUGCCAACGUCUUCCUCUCAGCUACACAUUCCAGUGAGCGAAUCAGGUCUGCUGACACAAGACACUUCAUUGUCAUCAGUGGCUACAGAGCAAGCCGACUCAAGUUCUGGUCUCCAGGAGGGCUUCAUCCAGCAGAAUCAGGAGCAGAGCGUCCAGGUGUCCUCAGCUCAGCCCAUCAUACAGCUGCAGCAGGUACCCAUUCAGACCACAAACGGUCAGGUGGUGCAGUCCGUGGCGACAGGUGGGCAGAACCUGCAGAACGUGCAGCUGAUCAAUCCGGGAACCUUCAUCAUCCAAGCCCAGACGGUCACGCCGUCGGGUCAGAUACAGUGGCAGACCUUUCAGGUACAGGGGGUGCAGAACCUGCAGAACCUCCAACUGCCCACAACACCACCCCAGCAGAUAACCCUGGCUCCAGUCCAGACCCUGUCACUGGGUUCCAGUCCGGUCAGCAUCAGCACAGGACAGAUCCCCAACCUGCAGACAGUGACGGUGAACACAAUGGCCCAACAUGAAGGAGACACAGACAACCCUGGAGACAUUCGGAUAAAAGAAGAGCCAGACUCCGGGGACUGGCAGCUGAGCACCGACUCCACCCUGAACACAAGCGAUCUGUCCCACCUCCGUGUCAGGCUGGUGGAUGAGGAGGAUCAGCUGGGUCAAGAGGGCAAGAGGCUGCGCAGAGUGGCGUGUACUUGCCCCAACUGUAAAGAGUCAGGUGGGAGAGGAUCCAGCACGGGGAAGAAGAAGCAGCACAUCUGCCACAUUGCCGGCUGUGGGAAAGUAUAUGGAAAGACAUCGCACCUGCGAGCACACCUGCGCUGGCAUUCAGGGGAGCGACCUUUUGUUUGCAGCUGGAUGUUCUGUGGGAAGAGGUUCACACGCAGCGACGAGCUGCAGAGACACAGGAGAACACACACAGGAGAGAAGAAGUUUGUCUGCCCCGAAUGUUCCAAGCGCUUCAUGCGGAGCGACCACCUGGCGAAGCACAUUAAAACUCAUCAGAACAAAAAAGGCGUGAACUCUGGCAGCGCUGUGGUGGCCUCGAUGGAAUCCGCGGGGUCCUCAGACAGUAUCAUCACCACGGCAGGCGGGACCACCCUCAUCCUCACCAACAUCCAGCAGGGUUCCAGCAACGCCCAGGACAUCCUGGCCAACGCAGAGAUCCCUCUCCAGCUCGUCACCACGGUCGCGGCCAGCGAAGUCAUGGAGUGAUUUACACUCCACUUAUGAACUUCUGCAACCUCUCUCAUACUGUAUACUCCUACCUGCAUUUUUAUCCGAGUUUUGAAGAAAAACUAAAAUUAUAAAUAUAUAUAUAUAUAUUUUAACACAGAAAUAGUCAGUCCAUGUCCAUGCUCGGUUUUUACUGAGGGGAAGCUAGUAGUGGAGACUAAAAGAAGAUAAAGUGGAAAAAGACGUUGCAGUAAACACACAAGGAAAUGCCUUAUUUUGUACAAUACUGUGUUGUUGGAAAUGUAGAAUGCCAUUUUGUUUUUAAUCUUCUUCUUUUUUUUUUUUUUUGGUUAAUGUGUUUUUCACAAACAAUAUUGGUAAGUUG